AUGUAUCUCACAGGAACCCAAAAGUCCAAGGUUGACUUGCAGUGCACUGCCAAUUCUGAGGUUGAGGGCCUCAAAAAAAGACUUAAACUUGCAGAAGGCCAUAUUGAAGCAGGAAGGCUUUUGGCACUUUACCAGGUCCCAAAGCCAAUUACUUUUUUCCUGGAGAGGCAUUCAGAUGAAAAGAGUGUAAAACAGAUUCUUCGUCUUAUACUCUCAAAAUUUAUUCGUCGGCAGCCAGGCCGAUCAGAUAAUGAUUGGGCAAACAUGUGGCAUGAUUUGCACACCUUGCAAGAAAAAGCAUUUCCUUUUCUUGAUUUAGAGUACAUGUUGAUGGAGUUUUGCAGGGGACUGCUGAAAGCAGGGAAAUUUUCACUUGCAAGGAACUAUCUAAAAGGUACUGGUUCAGGUGCUUUGGCAACAGAUAAGGCGGAAAAUCUUGUCAUUCAAGCUGCAAGAGAGUAUUUUUUCUCAGCUUCAAGUCUUACUUGUUCAGAAAUCUGGAAGGCUAAGGAGUGCCUGAAUAUUUUUCCAAGCAGCAGAAAUGUCUGUGCAGAGGCUGAUAUCAUUGAUGCUCUUACUGUUAGACUUCCGAACCUUGGAGUGAACCUUCUACCGGUACAAUUUAGGCAGAUUAAAGAUCCAAUGGAAAUCAUUAAACUGACAAUUACAAGUCAAGGUGGGACUUAUCUAAAUGUUGAUGAACUUAUUGAAAUCGCCAAACUUCUUGGACUGAGCUCCCAGGAUGACAUAUCAUUGGUUCAAGAAGCUGUUGCAAGAGAAGCAGCAGUUGCUGGAGAUCUGCAAUUGGCUUUUGAUCUCUGUCUUGUUUUGGCCAAAAAGGGACAUGGUUCUGUUUGGGACUUAUGUGCUGCACUGGCAAGAGGUCCUGCCCUUGAAAACAUGGAUAUAAGUUCUCGAAAGCAGCUUCUAGGUUUUGCUUUGAGCCAUUGUGACGAGGAAUCAAUUGGUGAGCUGCUACAUGCAUGGAAAGAUCUAGACAUGCAAGGGCAAUGUGAAACAUUAAUGAUGUUGUCAGGGACAGAUCCUCCCAAAUUCUCAGUUCAUGGUUCCUCGAUCAUCUCCUAUCCACUCCAUAGUACCCAUGAUAUGGUUGACCUGAGAGAUUUGUCCACACCAGUGAAUGAUAUCAACAAUGAUGACCAAGAAGUACAUUUCAACAACAUAAGAAAUAUACUCUCUGUUUUCGCUAAAUAUCUGUCUGUGGAGAACCUUUCCGAUUGGGAUUCUAUCCUUAAAGAAAAUGGGAAAGUUUUGUCCUUCGCUGCUUUGCGGCUUCCAUGGUUGCUUAAAUUGAGUCAGGAAGCAGAAAGCAAAAAGAAAACCAUUCCAGGCUCAAUUCCUGGAAAGCAGUAUGUGAAUGUAAGAACACAAGCAAUAGUAACCAUCCUUUCCUGGUUAGGAAGGAAUGGUUUUGCUCCCAAAGACGAUUUGAUCGCCUGUCUAGCAAAAUCAAUUAUGGAAUCACCUGUUACCGAAGAGGAAGACAUCUUAGGGUGCUCCUUUCUGUUGAAUCUUACAGAUGAGUUUCAUGGGGUACAAAUAAUUGAAGAACAGGCGAAAACAAGGGAGGAGUACAAGGAAAUCUGUAGCAUUAUGAAUGUGGGGAUGAUGUAUGGUUUACUACAUAACUCUGGAGUCAGCUGUGAGGGUCCUGCUCAAAGGAGGGAACUGCUGCUGAGGAAAUUUCAAGAGAAACACACAUCUCUCACUUCAGACGAACGAGACAGAAUGGACAAAGCACAAUCCUCGUUUUGGAGAGACUGGAAAUUGAAACUAGAAGAACAAAAGCGUGUGGCAGAUCAUUCAAGGGUGUUAGAGCAAAUAAUUCCUGGUGUUGAAACUGCACGCUUUUUGUCUGGGGACAUUGCUUACAUAGAGAGUGUUGUUUUCUCCCUCGUUGAAUCAGUAAAGUUGGAGAAGAAGCAAAUUUUGAAGGAUGUGUUGAAAGUAGCUUACACUUAUGGCUUAGAUCACACCAAGGUGCUACUACAGUACAUUGGUUCUGUCCUUAUUUCUGAGGUUUGGACAACUGAGGAUAUCAUUGCUGAAAUUUCGGAAUCCAAGAGAGAAAUUUUGGCCUCUGCUGCGGAAGUCAUCAAAACCAUUUCCUUGUCUGUCUACCCUGCAAUUGAUGGCCGUGACAAGCAGCGCCUUGCUUACAUAUAUGGCCUGCUAUCUGAUUGCUCCGUGCAGCUAGAAGAAGCUAAAGAUUCAUUACCCAUAAUUGAUCCAGAUCCCGUGCAUACAAGUACUCUUGGCUUAGCUCGUUUUUGCAAGAUGAUCGAGCAAGAAUGUAGGAGGGUGUCCUUUAUUGAGAACCUCAACUUUAAACAUAUUGCUGGAUUACGAGGUCUAAACUUGGAGUGCUUCAAUAGCGAAGUCUGUGCUCACAUUGAUGAACACAGUGUGGAAGCAUUGGCAACAAUGGUCCAGAACCUUGUUGGCCUCCUCGGAGAUCCAGUCCCUGAGAGUCUUAUAUCAUGGCAGUAUGUCUACAGACAUCAUGUGCUGAAUUUGUUGACUACCUUGGAAACUAAAGCUACAAGAGAAACCUAUUUUCGAAGCCCUGAAGAUUUUCAUUGCUUAAUAAAUGAGCUUGAACAGACAUAUGAUACAUGCAAAUCUUAUAUAAGAGACUUCGAAUAUCCAGGAGUAAUGGACAUAAUGAAGCGAUUCUUCUCAGUAAUCAUACCUCAUAAUAAUUUUGCUGAGAGCCUAUCUUUUGACUUGGCAUGGCAGGACAGCCUCAUUCUCCUUUUAAAUUUCUGGCUCAGACUCACUGAUGACAUGCAGGAAUUUGCAUCCCAUGACAGUUUAAAAGAAAAUAUCCGUCCUGAGUGUUUGAUGGAGUGUCUUAAAGCCUUGGUAGCCAUGGUUGUGGAGGGGAAAAUUUCACCAAGUCGGGGAUGGGGCACUGUAGUUAGUUAUGGUAAGUGUGGCCUAUUAGGUGGUGUUGCUGUUGAAAUUUCAAAUUUCUGCAGAGCAAUGAUUUUCUCUGGCUGUGGGUUUGAGGCCAUAGUGGGUGUAUUUUCCGAAGUGCUGUCACAGUUCCCAUCUGGCUCAACUUUGAUUACAGACACUCAAAGAUAUCUCGACAGUGCCCUGGAUCUUCCCAAUCUUUAUUUAAGUAUAUUGGAGACCAUAUUGCAGGACUUGGCCAGUGGAUCCCUUGAGCACCAGAAUCUGCAUCGUUUCUUGUCUUCUUUGAGUAAACUGGAGGGUGAUCUGGAUCAACUGAAGAGGGUCAGGCAUGCAGUUUGGGCAAGAAUUGCCAUGUUUUCUGAUGACAUGCAGCUGCCGUGCCAUCUUCGUGUUUAUGCUCUUGAGCUUAUGCAGUUUAUCACAGCUACAGGUAGAUAUUUGAAGGGGUUUUCUGCCGAGCUACAGGCCAACGUUCUACCAUGGGAUGGGUGGGACAAUUUGGAAAUUACAACGGCAAGUGCAGAAACUUUCGACAAUCAUGGCGUGCCUAAUGUAAAAGAUGCAUCUAGCAAGUUUACAAAUACUUUGGUUGCCCUUAAAUCUUCACAGCUGGUGUCUACCAUCUCACCAAGCACAGAAAUUACCUCAGAUAUUCUUUCAACCGCGGGAUCGGCUAUUUCUUGCUUCCUAAAGGUAUCUGAAGCUGCCAUUUCUGAAUCCCAUAUUGAUGCAUUGCUAGCCAUUUUGGGUGAGUGGGAAGGGCUCUUUACCACUAGGAAAGAAGAGACAGAUUUGGCAGAAGCAUCUGAUACUGGAAACAGUUGGAGCAACGAUGAUUGGGAUGAGGGAUGGGAAAGCUUUCAGGAAGAAUCUGUCGAGAAAGAAGUAGUUAGAGAGAACACCCUUUCAGUUCAUCCUCUGCAUGCUUGCUGGAUGGAGAUCUUUAAAAAACUUGUAAUGCAAUUUCGAUUUAGAGACUUGUUAAAACUGAUUGAUCAAUCAAUUGCAAAGACCUCUGGAAUAUUGCUGGAUGAAGAAGGUGCUCAUAGCUUGAGCCAAAUAGUAGUUGAUGUGGACUGCUUUUUUGCUCUUAAGAUGGCACUGGUACUGCCUUAUGAAGCAAUACAACUACAGUGCUUGGAUUCAGUUGAGAACAAACUGAAACAAGGAGGCGUAUCAGACACAGUUGGCAGGGACCAUGAGUUAUUGGUUCUUGUAUUGUCUUCAGGUAUCGUCUCAUCUAUCAUCACCAAUUCUUCUUAUGGAACUACUUUUUCGUAUCUUUGCUAUAUGGUCGGGAAUUUUUCUCGACUAGGUCAGGAGGCCCAAUUAUUGAGCCUCAAGCACAGAGGGACAAGUGACCGUGAAAGCAAGAAAAAUUUCUUGUUUCUUUUCCGAAGAGUCCUAUUCCCAUGUUUCUUAGCAGAGCUAGUGAAGGCCGGCCAGCAGAUUCUUGCAGGAUUCCUAGUUACAAAAUACAUGCACACAAAUGCUUCUCUCAGUUUAAUUAAUGUUGCAGAGGCUAGUCUCAGAAGGUAUUUAGAAAGUCAGCUCAAAGUGCUACAAGGUGACGAGUUCAGUCGUGAGGACAUGAACUUUUGCGAACCUUUGGUAAAUACCGUUUCCAGCUUGAGGGAAAGGUUGGUGAAUCUGAUCCCAUCUGUAUUGUCCUUACUUUCAACUAAUGAUAGAUGA